UGGCCGAGGCAGGGUUAACUCUUCCCGCCUUGGUGGCGCGGGUGUCCCGCGGCACCGCACCCUCUUCCGCUUUGGAUCGCUCCCUGCCAGCCCCCAGCGGCCGUCCGCCUUUCCUUUGGAUCCCGCCUUGUAGCUUCAGCCGCCGGGACGGGGCACACGGAUUUGGCUGUAGGGAAUACGAGAAGGGGUGUUUGGGCGCUGUGCGCCUUGUGGUCUUUGUGUCCUCGGAGUUUGGGAGGAAACUUUCUGCUUGGAAGCCUGUGUGUGACGGGGCAGAGCUGCUCCUGGGUGGGUUGGGAAACUUCAGCUUCAGUGGAACGUCAUCGUUGAUGUUUACCCCUUGGCGCUUCAACAGAUUUGCGCUUUCUGUCGCUUCCUCGGUUGUAAAUGCUGAAAAUGAAGAAUACCCAAAAUGCAGGGCUUCACCCUCUUCCAGUAAAACUCUGGACCUUGCCGAAUACGGACAUGCUCUGAGACCUUGCUGAGCUGUCUCAAAAAGAUCGCAGAACGCCGCGCUUCGCGUUUGUCACAUUUCCAGUAUGCACGAGUCUAAGGAGGGAAAUGAGGUGUAACACCAUUUAAAAGAAAAUCUUUUACUUCAGCCUUUUUCAAGUCAAGACUGCCUUGGUUUCAAAGAAAGCUUGACAGGCUCAGACUUUGUGUGACCCUGCAAAAAUCUUGUGGCCUGUCAGUUUCGGGAGCUGCAAACACUCACACACAUAGAUAUAUACAUACUGGUCGUGUCUUUUUUAUAGUCUGAGGUUGAAACUUGGCUUUUAUCAGCUCUGCUAUGACUGCCUUAAGAGCUUGUGCUCUUUGAUCUGUAGAGAGAAUAUCUUGUGCACGAACUGACAUUUGAAAAAUCUUUGAUAUUUUUUCAAAGCUCAGUCUUCUCUUGGAAACUGUAUCAAUAAAAUUUGAUAGCAUGAUUGUGCUAACAUGUCUAAAUUUUAACAACCUCAUGUUUUGCUGAAUAGAAAAACGAUGUAAUUCUUGCUGUCUAUGUAAUGCGAAAUAGGCAUAUCGUAGUUUGGUAUGAAAUUUCACACACCUUGAAGAGGCCUUGGUGUCCAUAACUGAAUUUCUACAAAAAAUGUUGGUGGCACAGAUCUGACCUAUAGUAAUACCUUGAAAGAGUAUGAAUAUUUCAGCAAACUGCCUCUUCAGUGGUUCCUCAUUAGCAUCUGAAGUGCAUGCUGCUGCUGUUAAUGGAGAUAAGAGUACACUCCAAAAGCUAAUAGCAGGAAACUCUGAGCUGAAAGAUAAAGAGGACCAGUUUGGAAGGACACCACUUAUGUACUGUGUGCUGGCUGACAGGCUGGACUGUGCAGAGGCAUUGCUGAAGGCUGGAGCUGAUGUUAACAGAGCUGAUCGCAGCCGAAGAACUGCUCUCCAUCUUGCUGCACAAAAGGGGAAUUACCGCUUCAUGAAACUUUUACUGGCUCGUAGAGGGAACUGGAUGCAGAAAGACUUAGAGGAUAUGACACCAUUGCAUUUAACUACACGCCACAAAAGCCCCAAAUGUUUAGCUUUGUUGUUAAAACAUAUGGCACCUGGAGAAGUGGAUACCCAGGACAGAAACAAGCAAACUGCAUUGCACUGGAGUGCCUACUAUAAUAACCCAGAGCAUGUGAAACUUCUCAUAAAACAUGAUUCAAAUAUUGGAAUUCCUGAUAUUGAAGGAAAAAUCCCACUUCACUGGGCAGCUAACAACAAGGACCCUAGUGCAAUCCACACAGUGAAAUGCAUUCUGGAAGCUGCACCUACGGAAUCUCUGCUUAACUGGCAAGACUAUGAAGGACGAACUCCUCUUCAUUUUGCUGUUGCAGAUGGGAAUGUAGCAGUUGUGGAUGUCCUGACCUCCUACGAAGGCUGCAAUGUGACAUCUUAUGACAACUUGUUCCGAACUCCCCUCCACUGGGCAGCCUUGCUUGGUCAUGCACAGAUUGUCCAUCUGUUACUAGAAAGAAAUAAGUUUGGAACUAUCCCAUCUGAUAGUCAAGGUGCAACACCCCUACAUUAUGCAGCUCAGAGCAACUUUGCUGAAACAGUUGAAGUAUUUUUGAAGCAUCCUUCUGUAAAAGAUGACUCAGAUCUUGAGGGAAGAACAUCCUUCAUGUGGGCAGCUGGCAAAGGCAGUGAUGAUGUCCUUAGGACCAUGCUGACUUUAAAACUGGAUAUUGAUAUCAAUAUGACAGACAAAUAUGCCGGCACAGCAUUGCACGCUGCUGCCCUUUCUGGCCACGUCAGCACAGUGAAACUGCUGCUGGAGCAUAAAGCGCAGGUAGAUGCCCUGGAUGUGAUGAAACACACCCCGCUUUUCCGAGCCUGUGAGAUGGGUCACAAGGAAGUGAUUCAAACACUCAUUAAAGGAGGAGCAAGAGUAGAUUUGGUUGACCAAGAUGGCCAUUCACCCCUUCAUUGGGCAGCCCUGGGAGGAAAUGCCGACGUGUGCCAAAUCCUGAUAGAAAAUAAAAUCAACCCUAAUGUGCAGGAUUAUGCAGGUAGAACACCUCUGCAGUGUGCUGCUUAUGGAGGCUACAUUAACUGCAUGGUAGUGUUGCUGGAAAACAAUGCAGAUCCAAAUAUUCAGGAUAAAGAGGGCAGAACUGCCCUGCACUGGCUCUGUAACAAUGGCUACCUUGAUGCUAUAAAGUUACUGCUCGGCUUUGAUGCUUUCCCCAAUCACAUGGAGAACAGCGAGGAGAGAUAUACUCCACUUGAUUAUGCCUUGCUUGGUGAACAUCAUGAAGUGAUUCAGUUCAUGUUAGAACAUGGGGCUCUGUCUAUUGCUGCUAUUCAGGAUAUCGCUGCUUUCAAAAUUCAGGCUGUCUACAAAGGAUACAAAGUUAGAAAGGCUUUUCAAGAGAGGAAGAAUCUUUUAAUGAAACAUGAACAGCUGAGAAAGGAUGCUGCUGCCAAGAAACGUGAAGAGGAAAGUAAGAGGAAAGAAACCAAGCUGCAGAAAGGGAUGCAGAACGUGGAACAAAACAAGUUUCGGGCACAACAGAAUCCCACGAGUCGGGAGAAGGCCACCAGUGUCCCACAGUUACCCAACAAAGCAGCUGACACACAGAGCAAGAGGCUUCUGUCCCUCAAUGCUUCGCAGAUCCAGCCAGGGAGAAACAGCAGAGGUUCACCUAAAGCUGGACAUGACAAAGGGACCCCAAAGGAGAGCUGCCUGUCAGCAGAGCCUCAGAGUGAAGGUCAUAAGACUAGGCAAGAUUCAUUGAGGAAACACAUGAGAAGCAAGCCAAGUUGUGUCCAUUUCCACUGUGGCAAAGCAAACGAGGGAACAAAAGCUGAAGUGAAACAUCAUGUUGCAGCUGCUGCAGAAGUGGACGGGGAAAAGCACAAGGAACACGCUGUCGACACAACGGGUGCCUGUGCUCGGAGGAGCAGGAGGCUUUCUGCUUCCACCUGUAGGACUACCAGUGCUGGGGAGAAGCUGAGGGAUCUAAGUCAGCCUCCCUCUGGCAAGGGGGACCACGGUGAAGGGAGGGCUGUGCUCUUCUGCGAUGUCGGUUGUACCGGUGGAACGGCGCAAAAAUCAAAGCUGGGUGAAGCUUCUUCCAAAGGCAAAAGGCACCAGCAGAAACCCAGAAAUAAAGAGGUAAAUGAUAAGAGACGUUCACCAGCUGGUUCUAGUAGACCGGGAAGUGCCAAAACAGUAUUUGUAAGCAACAGAGAUGACAGCCUGCAUGCUGUAGAACAAACUGUCAAAGUGGGAAACAAUGAAAUGGCAAAAAAGGCCUCUUCAUUAUUGUCUGCUGAGGCAGAACCUACCAGGACUGUGCCAAGAAACCCAAUAGCACGUUCUGCUUCUGAUGACAGUUUGAACUUGGAAAAAACAGGCAUAAUUGGAUCCAGGAAUGCAGAUGAUCAAUUAUGUUCUGUUCCGUGGCAAAGUACAAAUAUUGAACUAAUCCCUCUAGAGAUUCGAAUGCAGAUCAUAGAAAAAGAAAGAAAAAGAAAAGAGCUUUUUCGGAAGAAGAACUACGCUGCCACAGUCAUACAGAGGACUUGGAGAAGUUACCAGCUAAGACAGGAGUUGUUUCAGCUCCUUAGUGCCAAGCGGCAGUGCAAGGAAGAUGAAGACAAAUGGAGACAAGAGGCAGCUGCCUUCUUCAUUCAGGUUGCUUGGAGGAAACAGCUGAACCAUUGCCCUCUGAAAUCAGUUCCUUCAUGUAAAAAUCUGAAAUCCUUAAACAAAACCAGCUCAGCCAUAAAAACCAGCAAGCAGUCCAUCCUAAAGCAGAUAUAUGGACGUUCUCAGGAAGGGAAAGUGUGUCAGCCAACAAGACCUCCUUCUAAGCUGAAACUUUCUGAUGUGCAGCUGGUCUCAGUGAACAACCUACACUCUGUUAAUUUGCUGGAGACCAUGGGAAAAUCAAGGCAAUUUUCAUACAACAUGCGACCAACCACUGCUGCUGCAAAACCAAAAAAUACAAGACUCAAGCAUUAAGCAAACAAUGUUUGGGAUUUAAGAUCCAUUCCAGUACAGCUGUUAUCUUUCAUAAUGUAUAAGCCAUCUAUGAUGUAUUAAACUUGAACAUUUUCAGUUUUGUAUUAUCACAGCAUUACAUGCCAAGCAGACUUCUAAGGAGCUGGACUCAUUUUGUGUACAAACUGUUUUUUUAAAUGCAACUGUUAAUUUCUUUACCAACACAGGAUGAAAUCUGAAUUGCAUUUGAAGACAGAAAUGAAGCACUAAGCCCUGUAUUGCCAUAACCUUGUAGGGGCAAUGAACACUUUCCAUUGCAAAAAGUAAGAAUUUUGAAUGUGUUCAUCAGAGUUUCCAAGAGGGAAACUGUACUAAAGAUACUACAGUUCUGAGAGACCAGUGUUCAAUUUUACCUCAAGUUCAUUGAAAUAAUUUUAAAAUUCAAGCAGGAAUGGAAGAACAGCCUUCAUGCUCCACUUUUCUACUAAAGAAACAAUUGUUCCUUAGCUAACUAUGGAUUUUGGAAGGAAAUGUAGACAUGUUGACAAAAGACACUCACUAAAGAAAUUGCUUUCACAACCUAUGGAAACUAUUAGGACUGUGUUAUCUACCCUUUGAUAUUAUCACCAACUUUUAAAAUAUCCUUUUCUAUAUACAUUAAAGAAAGAAGCAAGAAAAGAUGGGCCCUACUCUAGAAAAAUAUCAUUCUUUUAAUAGCUUCGGAGCUGCCACAGUGUACAGCAUUUACUUUGCACAAUGUAUUUAAA